AUGGGGGCUCUGGAGCAGCUUCAGGGGAGAAAGGAGGGGGCAGUAGAGGGGGAAGAGGAUAUGGAAGAAGAGAGAAUGGAGGAGGGUGGCAAGAGCACAUGCGGGGAAGAUCAAGAGAGUGAACGUAGAGGUUAUGGUGGAUGGAGGGAAAUGAAGAUGGAGGGUGAUGAGGAGGAGAUUGAAUGUACUGAGGCCAGGGGAGGAGAGGUGGGUCGAGCGGGAGGUAGAGAGGGAGAAGGGAAUGCAAGGGUGAAGGGAGGGGGAGAGGAGAAGGGUCAGGGGGAGAAGGAGGAGGAGGUGCAGGGAGAGGGAGAGGAGGCGGAGGAGGAGCAGGAGGGCCCGUGGGACACAGUGGGAGCGGUGUGCUUUGAGGUGACAAGCGGAGCGGCAGCAGCAGCGUCCAGUGGGGGGAUAGCUUUCAAGGCGCCUGGCAGGGUGGGGUGUGCAGCCAUGCACGGGGCGGCCUGCUGGGCUGAUGCAUCCAUCAGCACUGCGUCCAACCUACCCAAGUCACCAGCAUCAGAUCCAACGUGCUCUGAGGCUGCUCAAAAGGCCAGUGGCGAAAGCAAUUUCCAUAGAGCAGCGGCGGCGGAGGAAAUUGAGUCAGGGCAUGAUCAGAAGGAGCAGCAGCAGCAGGAGCAGCAGAUUCUUGCUGUGGCUGCCAGUGUGUCCGGGGCCGGCGAGCCAAUCGUGGAGUGCCAGCUGGCACGGUGCGUGUGCGAGGCGGCCAUGGAAGGUGGUGCGUCUGACCCUGCAGCGAUGGGGAUUGCCAGGUUCAAUGCACACGUGGCAGCUGUGUCAGCAGCAUCAGAUGAUCAGCAGCAGCAGCAGCAGCAGCGGGAAACAGAGAGGAAGAGGCAGUGGCCCGUUGCUUCCGAUGUUGGCCUGCUGCUGCUCUCUGCUUAUCCGCAGCAUAAGCAUGGUGAAGUGGCAGUGGAGUUGACAGCAUCCUUCCAGGCUCGCUCGUUUGGAUUCGGAGUGACCUCUUCUGCUGACACUCGGUUAGAUUCCGGUUCGCUUCCUAAGUCACCGUCAGACGCGCUACUUGAUCCCUCCUCAUCCGCUUACUCCGCCGGUCGCAUGUUUCCGAAAUCAUCCUCGUUAUUAGACGACCCCGCUAAGUUUGAGGCGUAUGAGCAGCUCAACCGACACCAGGCGAGUUCUUCGAGGCAUCCGAGUGUUAAGGCUGCUCGCUCCUCCUCCUCCUCCUCUUCCUCUCGUGGGAAGCUGAGUGUGCGGUGGUCUUUGGAUGAGGGAGAGGAGGGGCAUGCGGGAGUGGGGAGGAGGAGGAGUAGUGUGGCUCGGGUGGAAGAAGGGGAUGGGGAGGAGGGGAUGGGUGAGGGGGAGGUGCUGAUAGGCGGAGAGGUGGGUGGGGAGGGAGAUGGGGAGCGGGGAGGGGAGGGGGACGGAGAGGGAGGGGGAGGCAGGAGACGGAAUGGUAAGCUGUUUCGAAUGUUGAGUGCAGAUUCUUGCGUUGGAGGGGAAAAUGGGGGUCGCAGUGGGGCGUAUGGGGGAAGGGGUAUGGAUGAGGGGAGCAGGGAUUGGGGGAGAGGGGGGAGAAGCAUUGGGGGAAGGGGGGGAUGGGGAGGGUCAAUGGGGUGGUGGCGGGGUUGGGGGGGAGGUGCAGCAGAGGCAAGGGGUGUGAGUGAUUGGGGGGGAGGAGGACCAGGAGGAAGGGGAGGAGGAAGGGGAGGAGGAAGAGGAGCAGGAGGAGAGGGAGGAGGAGUGGGAAGGAACAUGGGAGGGAUGGUGGCAGAGGGAGUGGCUCUAUUGGAUGAUGAGGAGGUGGAGAGGAUGGAUGAGGAGGUGAUUCAAGCCUUGUUUGAGAGGGUGGUGGAGGCACAGACACAGCUGCACAACUACAAGAACCUGGUCGCUUUCUCACUCUUCACUGCCCUAUCCGUCCCGUUCCACACACUGCCCCACUGGUUCAGUUGCAGCCCUAUUCGAGCGGGUGGUGGAGGCACAGACACAGCUGCACAACUACAAGAAGCUGGUCGCUUUCUCACUCUUCACUGCCCUAUCCGUCCCGUUCCACACACUGCCCCACUGAUUCAGUUGCAGCCCUAUUCGAGCGGGUGGUGGAGGCACAGACACAGCUGCACAACUACAAGAAGCUGGUCGCUUUCUCACUCUUCACUGCCCUAUCCGUCCCGUUCCACACACUGCCCCACUGGUUCAGUUGCAGCCCUAUUCGAGCGGGUGGUGGAGGCACAGACACAGCUGCACAACUACAAGAACCUCAUUCCGCUUUUCGAGCGGGUGGUGGAGGCACAGACGCAGCUGCACAACUACAAGAACCUCGUCGCUUUCACGCUCUUCACCGGGCUCUAUCUCCUCAUGCUCUGCCUUCAGGCCCAGUCCUUCCAGAGCUACCAGGUGGCCUCAGCUCACUCCAUCCUGCUGCCCCCCGACUACUCAGGGGAUUCGAGCUACUCCUUUGCCAGCAGCAGCGACUUCUACACCUGGCUCAACAACAGCAUCAUUCAGGACCCCCAGCUAUUCACCGAGAGGACGGGCUGGCACACGGUGACAGUGCGCCUGCCCCCCCUAGUCCUGGACCCGCAGCUAUUCACCGAGAUGACGGGCUGGCACACGGUGACAGUGCGCCUGCCAGACAACGACUGGUUCGCCUCCCUCACUGCUCCCACCGGGGGCCUCGGUGUGUUCCAGGACCCGCAGCUAUUCACCGAGAUGACAGGCUGGCACACGGUGACAGUGCACCUGCCAGACAACGACUGGUUCGUCUCGCUCACUGCUCCCAGCGGGGGCGUUGGUGUGUACGUGUACAAGUCCCUGGGGAGGAGCACAGGCGGUGGAGUGGCGGCAGGCACUGUGAGCACCCACGCAGAGGCAGACUCGCCCGCUGGUAUCAACAUCUCAGCUGCUGGCGGCUCGGAGUAUCUGCGGCCGUCCAAUGGCACGGGGGCGAAUGUGCUGCUGGCGAGCGUUGACGGGUGUGUGGAGGACGGCGAGAGCGGUUUGCAGCGGUGCAGACAGGUACGAUGUGGUGGAGAGGUGUUAGAGGGGUAUCUGCGGCCAUCCAAUCGCACGGGGGCUAACGUGCUGCUGGCGAGCGUUGACGGGUGUGUGGAGAACGGCGAGAGCGGUUUGCAGCGGUGCAGACAGGUGCGGUGUGGUGGAAAGGUGUUAGAGGCAGUGCAGUGUGCGAUAGCAGGGGUCGCAGGCAGGCAUUCACUCUGUUCGAGGCGUCUCUCCAAACGCCGUCCUGCUCCGGUGCUCCCUCCUGCCCCUGAAAUCACCUCCUCGUUGCCCCUUCCCUCUCCCUGCCAAUACCUCCCACUGCCAUUUCCUCAUAUUCUGCUGCUCACCCCAGCCACUCCCUGUGCGCACAGCCGUCUCAGCACCUCUGUUUCCGAAGAGCACCCCAUGUCCUCCCCACACUCCUCUUGGCCUGCCGGGACUCUCUUGGAUCCCUGGACUGGCAUGGCGUCAGUGCAACUGCACCACCAGCAGCUGAGGCAGAAGCUAAGGGAGGAAGGAGCCAGUGCUCCCAGCCUCCAUGCUCCUUCCCACAAGAUUGCCAUCACGGCUGGUGCAGUUCGCUCCAGCCGCCAGCUCUUCCCCUCUCCACCAACUUCCUCAUUCCUCCCAGCCACCUCCUCUCAGCCGAUCACAGAAGCCCAGCGGCUCGUGUGGGAGAGCCUUGGGACGUCGGACGGCGAGCGAAUCAGGGCGUGCCAGGUGGCGGUGGCGCGGGCACUGUACACUGCCGUGAAGGAGAACUGCUUGGCUGGCCCGACAGAUAACAGCAGCGGCAAUAGUGGCACGGGCAGUACAAGUGGCAGUGGCAGCAUUAGCAGCAGCAAUAAUGGCAGCAGUUAUCCAAGCAGCAGCGGCGGUGGCAGCAGCAGCAGCAGCACCACCACCACCAGUAGCAGCAUGGAGCAGUCCUCUCCAGCCAAGAGUCUCUCCCUGGCCUCACGCCAUCGCCUUGUUGCCUUCCUCUGCGCGCUCUUUGCCGGCCCUGUGUCCUCCCACCCCCGCUGCAACUUCACGGAAGCUUCCUCCGGACGGCAGCUGAAGGAGCAGGCAGAGCUGGUGGAUUACAUUCGAGCGACACACCGCAGUCCCUCCCGCCGCUUCUCUGCUGCCCAGCAGGCCCUUUUCGUCCACAUCUCUGCAGUCAGUCGUGCAGAAGAUGCCGAGCGAUGCCGUCCAGGCUGCCACCCACCUGCUGCACAUCUUCAACGAUGCUGUGGUCUCACCAGACGCCUCGCCUUGCCCCUCAGUGUCAACUCUCUGUCUGUUUCUCCCUCAAGUCCCUCUGACUCGACUCAAGAGCUUCCUCCUCGUCUUAUUCCCCACUCUCCCCCGUCCCACUCCCUCUCCCCACUCAGCGGACUACAUGGUGCUGUGGGAUUCAGCAUCCUUCACCCGCCGCAUCAUAUCCAACAAGCGUCCUUCACCCGCCGCGUCAUAUCGGACGGGCAGCGCGUCACGUGGGUGUGGAACGACGACGACUACCAUGAGCUCUCAGGUUCCCCCGAUGACACAUCAGCGCCCCAGUUUGCAUACACCAAGGUGUUUGGCACGGCGCGGGACAUGGCUGUGAGGGACUCUCCUCAGUCGCUCGCAUUCACUCUCAUCCGCGCCAGGAAUGAAUCAGCAUCCCAACCGCACACCUCCCUGCCCCCCUACGCGCUCCUCCUCGCCUCCCUCUGUGCGCCUGCCUGCCGCCUCGCCAUGCUUGCCAACGGCCGCUGCGACCAGCCCUGCAACGUGGCUCUCUGUGACUUUGACGGGGGGGACUGCGCUUGCGGCGGCGCUGGCAGCGGAGGGUUUGGGAGCGUGAGCAGUGGCAGUGCUUCUGAUGGUGCUGCUGCUGGUGGUGUGAGUGGACUUAGCAGCAGUGGCAGCAGUGGUGGUGGUGCGAGUGGGGGUGCGAGCGGGGGGGGAGCAGCGGGCGUGGUGUGGUGCGCAUGCCCAUUGCUGCAGAUCCGGGGCGAUGAUGGAGCAUGCUGCGAGGCAGCAGGGGCGGGCACGGGCAUCAAGGUGCCGUUCACAUGCUGCGAGGCAGCAGGGGCGGGCACGGGCAUCAAGGUGCCAUUCAGUCUGCGCAGGUUCGGCACCUCAGUGCAUGCCCUCGACUCCACUCUCCGCAGCACCGAUACUGCUCUGCCCCGCGUUGUAUCUGAGUACAACAGGGUGCUGAUGGGUCUCAUCAUUGUGCAAUAUCGCUGGGACGCCGCAGACUGUGCCACAAGCAGGUUUCAUUUCCAGGACUUGUGUGUGAGAGGCGAGUCAUCAGAUGCGUUCGGGGUGAACCCGGUCUUCCUGCCAUCCUCCUCACUUUACAACGCCAACGCAGCUGCCAACACCACGGCCUACACCAACGAGUCCUUCGCCAAUCCCUUUGAGCUCAACGCCAAGGGCCUGCCCUAUGGUUUCCAGCAGCUGCCCGGCAGCAGCCGCUUCCCACUGGUGUUUGACGUGAAUCUGGACAACGGGGCAGCCACGCGGCGGCUGCAGUACCUGGUGGACGGGUUCUUCGUUGACAACUACACGCGCAGCAUCGAUGUCGUGCUCAUCACUCGCAACGCCAAUGAGCAGCUGUUCACGGCCACCAAAGCCACCCUCUCCCUCCAGCCGGGCGGCAGCAUGGACGCUACCUUCCAAAUCCAGCCGGUCAACGUUGAGUACUACGACCUGAAUGAGACGAGCAACGUGAUACGGCUCGUCCUGGAGCUGUUGUUCGUGGCCGGCGUGGUUUGGAAUGUAGUGGAGGAGGUGAAGGAGAUGAUAUGGAUUUGGAAGGUGCAGCGAAGGUCCUUCUGGCAUUACUGGCGGCAGGGGUGGAACUGGGUGGACUGGCUCUCCAUAUCUGUCCAGAUUCUCUGCAUCUGCAUGUGGAUAUCAAUGGCAGUGUUAUCCGGGCAGAGCUUUAACAUGCAAGCACGCUACAACAUCUACUACACUCUCGACGAGUACCCGCGCUACUGGGCGCUCCCCAACCCGCCCUCGGGUUACCUGGCUGCAGUUUCUGCUGCUGACAAACUUGGGAGUAUCAUCAACACGAGCUCUGCCUAUUUCGCUCUGCAAGGCAUGAAUGUGUUCAUCAUGGUGCUGCGAGUGCUCAAGCUAAUGGACUUCCAACCACACAUGGGCAUCAUCACUCGCUCAAUCCGAGUGGCUCUCCCCUCCAUCCUGCACUUCUUCCUGCUCGCCCUCGCCAUCUUCCUCGCCUAUGCCACCUACGCUUACCUUGUGUUCGGGAUGACCAUGGUGCAGUUCAGCACGCUAUGGGGAGCCAUGCAGACGUGCUUCUUGAUUAUCCUCAACGACAACAGCGUGCAGUAUUACUUCCAGCACAUGCAGAGCUGGCAGUACGUGGCUGCGAUGAUCUUCUGGUUCUCCUUCGUCAUGAUCUUCUUCUUUGUGCUCUUCAACUUCCUCAUCGCCAUCAUCGUCGACGCGUUCAUGGAUGUCAAAGAUGCAGCAGAGAGUGCAUCGGCAAUAUACGAGGACAUGUACCUCAUUGUGCUGCGCUUCUUCCGGCGCGUCGCAACGCCUUAUAGCGAGUACAGCCGCCUGCUGCGGCACCUCAUUCGCCUGGGAGCAGUGGAUACAGCCCACACGGUCAUGGAGAAGAGCCUAUGGCAAUCAGCCCAGCAGAGCCUUGCUCGGAGCCUUCGCCACAGCCCGGCUAGGGAAGGCGGCAGCAGGCAUGUGAGCAGUGGUGUGGACAACAGCAGGAGCGGGAACGGCAGUAUGGGCAGUGGCUUGGGCAGCGGGGACGGCAGCAGGGAGGGCGUGAAGGGACCAGGCGGGGAGGAUGGUUUGGAUGAUAGUGGGUUACGGAGAGGCGGGUUGGAAGAUGGGAGACAAGGGGGAGGGGAAGUUGAGGAGGAGGGGAAGUUGGGGAGGGAAGGGAGAGAUGCUAAAGCUCUGGUACGGGUGCAGCGGCAGGGGAUGGUGAAAGCAAAGGGAAUGGGUUCAGGCGUGAGUGAGAGAGGGGAGGAGGGGAAGUUGGGGAUGGAAGGGGGAGAUGCUAAAGCUCUGGUACGGGUGCAGCGGCAGGGGAUGAUAGAUGGUAAAGCUGUGAUGAGGGUGCACGGGCUGGCGAUGGUUGACACAGAGGGGAUCAAUGCAGGUGUGAGUGAGAGAGAGGAGGAGGGGACGAAGCUGGGGACGGAAAGGAGAGACUCUAAAGCUUUGGUACGGGUGCAGCGGCAGGGGAUGGUGGAUGGUAAAGCUGUGAUGAGGGUGCACGGGCAGGGGAUGCUGGGGUUGGGAGGGAUGGUGGGCGCUACUUGUGACGCGCCUCAAAGGCUGCAAGGGGCAGGGGCUGAAGCUUUCAGAAUGGAUACAAUCUCUGAGGCGCCUCAAAGGUUGCAAGGGGCGGGGGCUAAAGGUCCGAUGAGAGUGCAAGACGAGGGGAUGGCAGAAGCAGAGAGAAUACAUUUAGGUGGGAGUGAGAGAGACGAGGGGUGUGAGGGUCUUAAGAGAGGCACGGAUGUGGUGGGAAAUGGUGGGAGUAGGAUCUCUGGCGCAUCUGCUGCUGAAGCGGGGAGUGGGAUGGUGCGGACGAUGCGGAGGCGGAUAAGCUUCUGGCGGGAGGAUUCGCUGGAGGAGCGACAGCGGGUGGUGGCGGUGGGGGGCAGGCACCUCAACGCGCUCUCCCUCUCCGCCAUCCUGCAACGUGCUCUCGCCCGAAAGCUGCGGUCUGUCCCUCCCCGCUACACCCACCACCUGGAAUCCAUCGACCUGCCUGCACUCGUCAAAGUCCUUCUCUCCGAGACAGGAGAGAACCUGUCCCGCUCAGACCUCAUGGCACGGGCAAGCUCAGCCGUGGCCAUGUCUCGCCAGAAGCGAGACAUGCUAGCACUGCAAGAGCGCAUGGGAGCCCUUCAAACCGACCUUGCCCAAAGGUUUGAUCUGUUGGAACGAGGGAUAAUGGAUCGGUUGCCGAAGCAAGGGAACAGCCAGGUGGGUCGGGAGGUUCGGACAGAGCAGGUGCGGCGAGAGGUGGAGGAGGUUCGGCGGGAGGCCUGGGAGCAGGCUCGGCAGGAGGUUGAGGAGGCGCGGCGGGAGGCGCGGGAGGCUCGGGAGGAGGCUCGGAGAGAGCGGGAAGAGGUUGGGGAGAUGCUGAGGGAGUUGAGGAGGGAGUUGCAACUGCUAAGGGUGGUGAGGGGGGAGAGGAGAGAUGGGGGACGAGGGGAGGAGAGGGAGAAGGAGGAGGCUGAGGGAGAGUAA